AUGGCCAGUUAUGCAUGGUUUGUGGCGAUGUGGCAACGGGGCUUCAUUACCGGGCUAUCACCUGUGAAGGAUGCAAAGGGUUUUGGCGCCGCACCGAACAACGAUGCCUCAUUUAUGGCGAUUCUGAAGCAACCAGAUUCUAUCGUAAGUUGUGGGAUGUCUUCCGGCAUUUGUGUGAUGAAGGAUAUGAUUUACCAGAUCCGAAAAGAUGGGCCCAAUUCCUUACCACUAUUAUGGUUU